AUGAUACCAUCCAUAGCCGGUCGCCCCAGGAUCCCUCGAUCUUUACUACUCAAAGCAAAAUUUCAUUUCAUUGUACUCUUUAUCUGCGCAUCAUUUAAUAUCCCAAAAACGAUUUCGACUGAGCUGUUGAAAAAUCCAAGCAUAUUUAGUACCUACAACUCCUCCAGUUUCAAUUUCAAGUCGUCAAAUAAAUCCCGAAUUCCUUGUUUCAUCAGCGACGUAAUUGGUAGUAACAACUCGAACGGCAACUCGUUGUACUGGAAAGAGAAAGUUAGCCCGCUUUCGAUAGACAGGUUUUCAGAGGUUUCAUGUGUCAAUGAUGCGAAACAGCCCAUACCAGGAAUACCGGAUUUGGAACUGAAUGGAGUCACUUAUUCGUCUAUCGAUUUUCAAAGUUCCUUAGACAACAAGAGCUCCGUGGGAUUCGCGAUAGAUAAAUUUAUAUUUCAAUUGGAGCACAAAGUGGCGUUGGAAAAAGGAUCAGGCACUGGAGGUAGCUCUCAGUUUGAGCCUGGGGAAAAUUUGACGGACGAGGAAGAACACAUAAGGCAAGGAGAGAGACGAAAGCAAAUGGCGAAGGAUGAAGUUUUACUUCUGACAACUUAUUGGAAAAUCUAUGGCGCCAUGGACAUUGCACUACGUGUGUUAAGCAACCAGUCAGCAGCCAAGAUUUUGAGCUUAUCAAAAGGGCCAGGAUUUGUUCUCAACUUUCAAAGAGCCAGGUUGGGGGGAAAAGUGAGGGAAAUUGAAUUCUACUUGACUCAAAUCCUGAGGAAUUGUUUGAACUGCACUGUAAUCGAUCGGAAAAGGUUAAUCCUACUAGCAAGAGCAAGCGGAGUUACAAACCGAACCUUAUCUGCGACCGAGACUGUCAACUCUACUGAGAAGACGGAACACCAUUUAACGCUUACCUCCGGGAGUGGUCAAUCCCAAAGGCUUCUGAAAGUUUACUGUCGUACCCAGGCUUAUUUCAUCUUGGCAUUCAUUUUACUGUUUUCAAUGACCUCGUUAAUUAGAUGA